AUGGAUACGCAGCAAGUGAUCGAAGAUGAGCAACUAAAUUACGACUCGAACGAUCGCGUGGCAGGCUUGAGCGACAUGGAAAAAGCAAAUACCGUGGCUGCCCCGUCCUACAUUGUGGUGGGAUUCGAUGAUGACUGCGAUCCCUUGAACCCACAAAGUUGGUCGUAUGGCUACAAAUGGAUGGCUGGCCCUAUGGUCAUAGUCUCAGUGCCCAUGUAUGAGAAUCUAGGUGUGCACUGGACUCUCACAUUAUUGGGCUGCAUCGCAACCCUGUUGGCACCGGUGCCGUACGUCUUCAAGCACUACGGUGCCAUAGCGAGAAAGAAGAGCAAGGGAGCAACGGGCUUUGAAUAA